AUGGCCUUAGCCUUAUCCUCCAUACUUCUCUCCAUACUCCUAAUCAUCCUCCUCCCACCUCUCCUCUUCCUAACCUGGUACCUCCGUGUCUCUCGAACACUGCCAAAUCUGCCCAGAAUUCCAAUCUACGUCUCAAUCCUGGGGUUAUGGUCCUCAAUGGGCCAAGACGAGAUCUACGAAAGAUGGUUCAGGGCUCCACUGGAGAAACACGGCGCCGUGUUAGUCUGGUUCGCUGGAAGAUGGAGUGUGCUCGUUUCACGACCGGAUUGGUUGACUGAUAUGUUCCGCAAUGAACAUAUAUAUGCGAAAGUCGGGAGCCAGAUUAAGAUUCCGCAUGCUGUUAUUGCGACGCUUGUUGGUGAUAACAUCAUCAAUGCCCAUGGUGAGAAUUGGAAGGUUUAUACUGGUAUUAUGAAGGCCGGGUUGCAGAAGAAGGUUUUUGAGACAACGUCCUUGCUGAAGCAGUCGAGGAAGCUGGUCGAUGUUCUAAUCGAUCUGCAGAAGGAGGUUGGAGCGAAUAGAGGAAUCUUGAUUAUGGCAGACGUACAGAAAUGGGCUGUGGAUGUGAUGAGCGAGAAUUUCCUGGACUUGGAUUUGAAGAGUCUAGGCCAACCAAACGGCGCCGUUCGAAUCGAAGCCCUCCAAUCUAUUAUCAAAGCAACCCUCUUCAAACCAAUGUACUUCAGCUUCCCGGACCUCGAUCACUUCCCCUGGCUAUUCCCGUCACGCAAAAGUGCCUACAAUACAAUGCGCGAAUUCGACAACUGCCUGUACACAAUGAUAAUGGCAAUGCUUCAUAAGCGCACGCAAAUCAAUCCCACCCAAUCCAAAGACAUGGUCUCACACAUGCUGGGCGAAGCAUACACAUCAGGCCGCAUAACCGAGAAACAAUUCCGCGACAACCUCAAGAUAACAUUCCUAACCGCACAUGAAAACGCCCAGCAACUGGUAACCUCGAUGUUCUGGCAGCUGGGCACUCGAGUCGAUAUACAGGAUCGGCUACGGGAGGAGAUUCUUGAUACGGCCAAAACUCACCCGAAUCCAUCCCAGGAAAUUAUAAACGGUCUGCCAUACCUGACGGCCGUGGUGCUGGAGCUACUUCGUCUCUUCCCGCCUGUCUGUCAGCUCAUUAACCGUGUCGCAUUGCGGCCGGCACUGCUGGGUGGGGAACUUCCCAUUGCGAAGGGUACAUUUGUGGGGUGGAAUGCGUGGGCGGUGCAAAGUAACCCGGAUAUAUGGGGUGAGGAUGCGCGCGAAUUCCGGGCGGAGAGGUGGGGGGAGAGUGCUGAGGAGAUGCAGGGGCGGUUUCGGAGGGAGACAGUUCGAGGAACGUAUAUUCCGUUUAAUGCGCAUAAGCGGAAGUGCCUUGGGCAGGGGUUUGCAUUGUUGCAGGUGAAGAUUUUGUUGUUUGUUUUGCUGGGAAGGGUUAGCUGGGUUGUUGAUCCUGCGUAUCGGUUGAAGAUGACGCCAGGUGGGAUUCUAGUACCGCUGGGUUGUCGGGUUAUUUUAACCAAGUUGGGGUCUUCGUGA